UACAAAACACUCUCAGUUACCACAAAAACUUUGAAUAAAAUCCUAUGAAUCACACAGCCAUUGGUUCCAUGAAAAUAAAAGUAAUUAUAAUUUAUUUCUUAAAAUAAGACAAUGAAAUGCACUUGUAAUUGCACAAUGUAUACUAUGGGAUCGGACACGUGGGAAAGUACGUCACAGCGCGCGCGACUGCGUGCAGCCGAUAACUUCUUGCGUACUCAAAAGCGCAAUCUCUCCGUCGCCAGAUUCCAGGGUCAAGUAUUUCUGUCAGUUGCGUUCCCACGUUCUUCGACGAUCGCAAUGCCAAAGAUUGUCUCCAGCGCAUAAAAGUAACAAAGAGUCGCUGAUAACGCGGUACAACUUCGUUUGAUUCGUGCCGAGUGAAUUAUUAUGACAAUCACUGAGAAAACGGAACUAAGGCGCCAGCGUUACGACAAUGAAAACGCGGAUCCUGAAAUUCGGCCUGAACGUAAAUGUGAGAAAAAUUUAAGUGGAGCAAAACGGAAACAUUGUCGAGGAUCCAACGAUGCGAGAGUACUCGACGGAGGCUGGAAAGGAAUCUUUCGUGAGACGUCAAUUGAGAAAUUGAAACACGUUGCGGAACCCAUUGGCUUACUUCUUGCUCUGAUGCUCUACACCUGCAUUGGCGGCAUGGUAUUUCGAGAACUCGAACUUCCGGCUGAAAUAUCAAGGAUGACUCGCUUGCGCGAAGCUCUUUGCAGUCAGAGAAAACAUCUUGUGAGGACGAUAACCAAUAACGCUAACGCGUCGAAUCUGGACAGUCUGGGGGCGGUGUUCCAGGUGAACGUCAAGCUGCGCGCUUACGAGUUGGCCGUUCAGGAAGCGACCGAGGCUGGACUGGCUGUAGGUCUUGCGGGAGAAAUUGAAGAAAUAUUAAAGAACCGAAGCGUCGGCGAUCCUAACGAGCGCUGGGGGAUCUCGCACUCGAUUUUCUUUGCCAGCACCGUUCUCACGACAAUCGGAUAUGGAAAUGUCGUUCCCAUUACUCAUUGGGGCAAACUUUUUUGCAUCCUUUUCGCCCUGGUCGGUAUACCCUUGACGUUGACGGUGAUCGCCGGUUGGGGAAGACUACUCGCCGAAGCCGUUUCCGCGAUUGCUGCAGAAAUUACGCCCAAUUUACCCACGUCAAUUGCGUCCUGCAUGCCGACGAACAUGGCUGGAAGACGCUCGCUCGGUGCGUUCGCCGCAGUCGUGUCCCUGUUUCUCUAUCUGGCCUGCGGUGCUGCUAUGUUUAUGCUUUUCGAAAAGGACUGGGACUUCUUCGACAGCUUUUACUUUUGCUUCAUUACUAUGACCACCAUUGGUUUCGGCGAUCUGGUGCCUAAGAAACCGGAAUACGCUCUAUUGUGUACACUCUACUUCCUAUUGGGUCUUGCCUUGACAAGUACCAUAAUCGAGCUUGUCAGAAGACAGUACGCUCAAUCAUGGAGAAGACUUCAAGCACUGAGUGGCCCACUAGCCGAAACUCUCAAGAGAAUAGGCGAACACGCGGGCGGCGACAUGUCAGCUUUACACUCCGAUCUCAGGAGGGUCCUCACGAUUGUUUCAAUGCCACGACUCAAACGUUCCGGCGUCAUGGGUAUUGACGACUCAAAGAAUCGUGAGUGGGAAGAAGCUGUCGAAGCGGUCCUACGAGAAAUCACGACCGUAUCGCCACCGACACUUAAAAAGCCUCUUAUGCAAAUAGUCAUUUACGAAUCUAGUGUUUGAUCGUCAAUGUAUUGGGUUGACAACAGAAAGUAUUGCGGAUUUGUUCGUUUCCUUCUUAUUUAAAAUCCGCAAUCAUUUAGUUGCCAACCGAAUAUCUUCGGAAUCGGCAAUGCCAUUCGUUACCGUACCCUGCCGCUAAUCCAUAAACCUUACAACUAUUCAAAUACACCUGCUGUGGCACGACAGAACGAUCUGCCCUUGCGACUGACCAUAACGAGAAUGCAGGCGAAUACACGGAACGGAGCGGGUGAUCAUUUUGACCGUGAUACUGACAAUAAUUCAUAAUACGUAAGUACAUUGUCGCAACGAUAGUAGCAGUUUAAUGGAAGGAAGCAGCCGAUGCACGUUGCCACAUUUUUCCUUUGUUACACGGAUCCUGACCAUUCGCUCGCAGAAUUGAAUUUCAAUUUACCGUUACAAUUCACAUAAGAACCACGCAUAUAACCAUAUAAUGCGCAUUUCUAUCAAACUACACUGUUACACCAAUGUACAAGAGAACGCGAAAGGUACGUGGCAGAGCUUCGAUUUCAAUCUUUAAAAUUUAACUUAAGGCUUAUUAUCGUAUUUAUUUUUAAAAGAAAAUCUACAAAUCAAAAACAUCAAAUGUCAACUCAACGUAAUUGCCAAAAUAUAAUCGACCAAGAUAUACCUUGUA